GCCUUCUUCCUGUCUACUUUGUGCGCUAUGAUUUCUAAACUACCCAAAGACACUGAUGGCACGUGGUCCCGCUAAGAUUCAAGCGCAACAGAAAGCACAGAAAAAGGCAGAGGCUCAGAAGAAGUCACAACCUUUCGAUCAUAAAGGAGCGGCCCAGAAAUCUUUGAUCUACAAGUGCACCGUAUGUAUGGCUCAAAUGGUGAAUUUGAAAUCGUACAAGCAGCACUUCGAGAGUCGUCACCCGGAUCAUCCUUUACCACAAGAAUUGGCUGAUUUGCACUGAAAGAACACUCUUCUAUGCGGGAAUAUCCUGACAACCAGUGACUUCGAGUGUUCUGCUUUCACAACACGGAUUGAUUUCAAAAUCAUAAUACCCGGUUAUCAAAAUAUCUUCAUGGUGUAGUUUUACUUCCGUAUCUAGAGAUUGUCUUUUGCGUUAUUUCCUCAUCCUCACACACAGCAGAUUUUAUUUCGGUCAAUUUUUCGUUUUGCGCAUCUAUCAGUUCAGCGCCGUCAUUGUUGUAGCCUUCAUUUCGAAACUCUUUAUAGUGUUUUACUUCACUUGCGGUCCUACAUAGCUAUUUUAUGCUGAUUACUCUUUGUUUCGAUGAGGCGAUGAAAACUGUCAUGUUACCUUUUUAUAAAUCGCAGAAGUAGCGUUGUGUGUGUACACAAUGAAUAUAUGCGAAUAUAAACUGGAAGAUGAUUUGUUUUGUUGCCUCACACGUCUUUCUUCUUGCCAUUUCAAUCGCCUGUACAUGUUUUAUAGCAACUUUUCAAUAAAUUCUUUGGGAC